AUGCGCAGUCAGUCAGCGUAGAGGAAAACAUGGCGAAGAUGGAGGGAGACGGAAACUCGCUGUACCCGAUAGCAGUGCUCAUAGACGAGCUUCGAAACGACGACGUACAGUUGCGACUGAAUUCCAUCAAGAAGUUGUCGACCAUUGCCCUGGCUCUGGGAGACGAGAGGACUCGCUCUGAGCUACUCCCCUUCCUUACUGACACUCUAGAUGAUGACGAUGAAGUGCUGUGGGCGCUGGCCGAGCAGCUGGGAGACAAGGACUUUGUGGUGUUCGUAGGAGGCAACGAGUAUUCACAUACUCUCCUGCCACCACUGGAGAGUCUAGCUACCGUGGAGGAGACAGUAGUGAGAGACAAGGCAGUGGAGAGUCUGAGAUCUGUGGCCGAGGCCCACUCUCCUGAGGACAUGGAGAAACACUUCAUCCCCAUGGUCCAGAGACUCACCUCUGGGGAGUGGUUCACAUCUAGGACAUCGGCCUGUGGCCUCUUCUCCGUGGCCUAUCCCUCCGUCUCUGACAGUGUCAAGAAAGACCUCCGAGAUUGGUUCAAUAAGUUAGGGUCAGAUGAUACUCCGAUGGUCCGCAGAGCAGCAGCUGGGAAACUUGGAGAGUUUGCCACGGUGGUUGAGCCAGAGAACAUCAAACAAGAUCUCAUUCCUCUCUUCCACAACCUGGCAGGAGAUGAACAGGACUCUGUUCGUCUGCUGGCUGCAGAGGCGUGUGGAGCCAUAGCCAGUCUGAUGGACCAGGCAGACACCGAACGACUCGUGAUGCCAAUUCUCAACUCCGCCACCAAAGACAAGUCCUGGAGAGUCCGCUACAUGGUUGCCGACAAGUUCACUGAGAGCAACCUAACCAAGACCAGCCUGGUCCAUGCCUUUGCCAGUCUGCUGAAGGACCCCGAGGCUGAGGUCAGGGCUUCUGCCUGCAACAGGCUCAAGGCAUUCUGUGAGGCCCUGUGUGAGGACUACAGGGCGGACGCCAUCGUGACGCAGCUCCUCCCCUGCAUUCAGCAGCUGGUGCACGACGGCUCACCAACGACGUCAAGUCGUCCCUGGCCGCCGUAUCAUGGAUGGACUCUCUCUCUCAUGGGACUCGCCUCUCUCCCCUUGUUGGCAAAGACAGAGCACCUCCUGCCUCUCUUCCUGGUACAACUGAAGGACGACUGUCCAGAGGUGAGGCUCAACAUCAUCUCCAGCCUGGAGUCUGUCAACAAAGUGAUCGGCAUUAGUCAGUUGUCCACGUCUCUGCUGCCAGCCAUCGUGGAGUUGGCAGAGGACUCCAAAUGGAGAGUCAGACUGGCCAUCAUCGAGUACAUGCCUCUCCUUGCAGAACAGCUGGGCGUUGAAGUGUUUGAAGAGAAGUUGAACCCUCUCUGUAUGCAGUGGCUGAUUGACAACGUGUACGCCAUUCGAGAGGCGGCCACGGUCAACCUCCGUAACCUGGUGGAGAAGUUUGGUUCAGAGUGGUCUCGAGUCGCCAUCCUCCCCAAGGUCCUCGCCAUGUCACAGGAUCCCAACUACCUCCAUCGUCUUACCACCCUCUUCUCUGUGAAUGUACUGGUGGAAGUGUGUUCUGUGGAGGUGAUAGAGGAGGUGAUGAUGCCGGUAGUGACCAAGAUGGCCGAGGAUGCCGUGCCCAACGUCCGUUUCAACGUGGCCAAAUCCCUCACCAAGAUCACCUCCCGUGUUGGACAGGGGACGGUCAAGUCAGCGGUGCUGCCGGUGGUUGAGAAGCUGCAGAAGGACUCUGACCCCGAUGUCAGGUUCUUCUCCUCCGAGGCCAGCUCCCAGAUCACUACAUUCCUCUCAGGGGAGCGAACUGUCGGAAUGGAAGACGAGGGGCCGUUGGUGGGAGCCAUAGACCAGGGCACGGGCAGCUCCAGGUUCCUGGUGUUUGACAGAGAGUGUAGAGUGGCACGGCGGGAGGGGCGGAGGAUAGAACAUCAGGUGGAGGUCAAACAGAGUUGCCCCCACGAUGAGUGGUUUGAGCAGGACGGGGAGGAGCUACUGGGGAGUGUGAGAGAGUGUAUGGAGGAGGUGGGGAGGAGGCUGGGGGAGGGUGGAGUGAGGCGGCUGGCUGGGGUGGGCAUCACCAACCAGAGGGAGACCACCAUUCUCUGGGAUAAGACCACUGGGAAACCUCUCCACCCUGCCAUUGUGUGGUGUGAUGGACGAACCGCCCAGUUGGCCAGUGACCUCAUCAGAAACUCUCCUUCCAAGAGCAAAGACCAGCUCAGACAACAAUGUGGUCUCCCCAUCCAUCCCUACUUCUCGGCCCUCAAGCUGCGAUGGAUGUUGGACAACAGUCACUCGGUCAGGACCGCCAUUGAGAGGGGACACUGCCUCUUUGGAACUGUGGACACGUGGAUCAUAUGGAACCUGACAGGAGGUGUGAAUGGCGGUGUCCACGUCACAGACGUCACCAACGCCUCUCGUACCAUGCUCAUGAAUAUUCAUACACUCCAGUGGGACCCCUCCCUCUGCAAGUUCUUUGGUGUUCCAAUGGACAUUCUGCCAGAGAUCAGGACCUCCUCUGAAGUAUAUGGAGUUAUAGCUGAUGGUGUGCUGAAAGGAGUGCCUUUGUGUGGGUGUCUAGGAGAUCAGCAGGCGGCACUGGUAGGUCAGCAGUGCUUCAGUCCAGGAGACGCCAAGAACACCUAUGGUACAGGCUGCUUCCUCCUCAAAAACACUGGCCAGCAAGUGGUGAUGUCCAACUCUGGUCUACUGACUACUGUCGCCUACCAACUUGGUCCUGGCCAGCCUGUCUACUACGCUUUAGAGGGAGCAGUGUCAGUGGCUGGUCAGAGUGUUCGGUGGAUGAGAGACAGCCUUCAUCUCCUGGAAUCCUCCGAACAGAUUGAGGAAUAUGCUCAAGAGGUGGAGGACACGGGUGACGUGUACUUUGUACCGGCAUUCUCUGGCCUCUUUGCCCCUCACUGGAGAUCUGACGCCCGAGGACUCGUGAUCGGACUGACACACUCCACCACCAGAGCCCAUCUCUGUAGAGCUGUGCUGGAGGCGGUGUGCUUCCAGUCCAGAGAGAUCCUGGAUGCCAUGAACCAAGACUGUGAGCCUCCGUUCACUCAACUGAAGGUGGACGGAGGAAUGACUGUGAACGAGGCUCUACUGAGACUUCAGGCCGACCUUCUUGGCAUCGCUGUCGUUCGACCGGAGGUGAGAGAGAUGACGUCUUUAGGAGCAGCCGUAGCUGCUGGACUGGCUCAGGGGGUGUGGUCUGACUCCGCCCACCUCCCCACUCUCCUGUCAUCCACCUUCCAACCCUCCAUCUCACCAGACAAGUGUGAUGAGAGAUAUGGGAGAUGGAAGGAGGCAGUAAAGAGGUGUCUAAACUGGCAUCCUCCCGGUAAGGGAGGUCAGGAGCUGUCCCACAAUAGACAAGGAGGCUCGGCCAAGUUUCUGCUGGGGUGUCUGACUGGAGCUGUGGUGGGCGGGGCACUCGCUGUAGUUCUGUUCCGUAGGAGAUAGUAACCGAGCAACGGCAGCAACACAAGCACUUGUUUGCCUUAGAGAUUAUGACCAGAGUGAAUAAUAAUAUCUAGAUUUCCAAGAAUAUAAUAUCAAUGUUCCAUUAUACUGGGUCCAUGUUACAGUUAUGCGGCUUCGCUAUCGCUUCAUUACACUGCCAAGUUACUUCCUAUGGUUUUAACUAGAAGAAUGUCUGUGAACAAUUUUUGUGACUUAGCAACAGUGAUCGGAACUAUGUGAGCACGUAACGUACACCUGGCAAGGUGCCCAUACACUUUAUACAGGGAUUGUCUAUGCUAAUGGCGUCUGCAAUUUUAACUGACACAAUUGUCAGCCAAAGUUUCAUGAUGGCACAUUCACCAAAUAAUUACCAUGUACCUGUGUCAUGUGAUUACAUAGCAGGCAUAUUGGAUAUUCAUGGCCAGGGCAUGCACUGCAUUGGUGCCGCAUGUAGAUAGACACAGUGAUAAGAAGACCAUGUGAUCAAAAUGAGUUGAGAAAAUAGAAAAACAAGAUGGUGUAGAAGAGAGGCAGGAAUGAUGGAGAUUAUACAGAAAAGAAAUUGGUGAUGGAGAAAGCUAUAUUAUUGUAGUGAUGUGAUAAAAUGAACAUGGGGUGCCCUUGCGAGUAGUUAAUACUCAUUCUUGCCCAAUUAUCCGAUGAGCAAAAUCUAUCCUUGAAGAAAAAACGUCCGUGGCUGCGUGGCUCGUGGGAGCUGGCCUUGCAUCAGGUCUGUGUGGCUUGUGUAAAUGGUUGGAAUGACGGAGAACCUAAUUACCCGAGGAGGACCCUCUUCAUUCUGUGUCUUGUUCCUUCCUCCUCGUCCUCUUCGCUUGACGUGACGCAACUCCCGCCACUACUGCUGUCGUCCACGCCCACUGCACACACCGGAGAACACAGGUACUCCAUGAACGGGAUGCGGUACUUUCCGCAGAAGUCAACAAACGUGACCGACUGGACGUGAGAUUGGAAGUAUACGCCGUUACAGUCUGGGUUGUCGCAGUGACGCGCAGAUUGGAGAUACCUUGCUAACCCACCAGGGAGCAACUCUUGAGGGUAUGACAUCCCCUCUUUGAGGAGGGCCCGGGCACUUAGCUCCAAGAGAGAUGGAACGCUGUCCGCCCACUCCCUGACGAACCGAUAAACGAGGGGGUUGCCUCGGAGACUCAGCUCUCGGAGUGCCACACACUGGACGAGGCCCUUGGGUAAGGUCUGAAGCUGGUUGUUGUGGAGACGGAGGGAAGUGAGGUGAGCCAGGUGGGCCAGUUGUGACGGGAUGGACAGGAGCUGGUUGUCACAGAGGACGAGCGCUGCCAGUUUGUGGAGUUGUCCGAGCUCUGGGGGGACCUCCUGAAGUCUGUUUCCUCCCAGAUAGAGAUUGGAGAGUCUGAGAAAGACAGAGGAGAGAGGUGUGGGGUAGAGGG